AUGAAAUUGAUACUGCUGAUUCCUCUGGUAUACUCAUUUUCUAUUUCCUGCUUAAUAGAAUAUAUUUCUUAUAAGAUUAACUGUCCAAAUUCAAGAUAUGAGUGCCCAAAUGCAAAUUGUGCUGAAAGUUUAGAUAGUUUUACAUGCUGCCUUAAAAGUACAUUUAGUGAUGAAAUGAGUACGUUAAAUGUGACGAGGUGAGAAUCAAUGGACUUGGAACCAAAUUUGUUAGGAAUUAAGCAAAGCUUAUCUGUAAGAACACAAAUUUGCAAAAAUAAAGAGCUAUACCCUGAGAUGCCAAGCUGCAAGGAUGCUACAAGCAAAGAUGAAAAUAAUCAGGUUUCUGACCGAAAUGAAUCUGAAAAUAGUUUGCAGGUAAAUGAAAACCAAACAGAAAAUCCUUUGAAAAGUCUUUUAUUUCAUGUAAAUAAACUUAAAAAAUAA